GUCAAACUCGCGGGGCAUUGUGGGGCGGAGGCGGCCUUUCACGGUGCUCUCUGAUCGGGAAAUCUUCAAGUAAAUAACGUUUACAGGGAGUGAACUGGGUACUGCGUGCGAGGAGAAAACAACACACUAAAACUGUGCUGCACCGAGCCUGUGUUAUUACACGGUACCAUAUUUCAGAAAUAUGGGACAAGAGGAUCUAAUGAACACAGCCGAAGACGUGGCAGACCAGUUCCUUCGGGUCACAAAGCAGUACCUUCCCCAUGUGGCACGUCUCUGUCUUAUCAGCACCUUUCUUGAAGAUGGCAUCCGCAUGUGGUUCCAGUGGAAUGAGCAAAGAGAUUACAUUGAGGCAACCUGGAGCUGUGGUUAUUUCCUGGCAACAUGUUUUGUUCUACUUAAUCUUGUAGGACAGCUCGGUGGCUGUGUCCUUAUCCUCAGUAGAAAUUUUGUACAGUAUGCCUGUUUUGGAUUAUUUGGUAUCAUUGCGCUACAGACUGUAGCAUACAGCAUUUUAUGGGACCUCAAGUUCUUGAUGAGAAACCUUGCCCUGGGAGGCGGUCUGCUUUUGCUGCUAGCUGAGUCUCGUUCAGAAGGAAAGAGCAUGUUUGCUGGUGUUCCCUCAAUGGGUGAGAGUUCACCAAAGCAGUACAUGCAGCUGGGAGGCCGAGUUCUCCUGGUGCUCAUGUUCAUGACCCUGCUUCACUUUGACUCCAACUUCUUCUCUAUCUUGCAGAACAUGGUUGGAACUGCCUUGAUCAUCCUCGUUGCCAUUGGCUUCAAAACCAAACUUGCAGCCUUGACACUUGUUGUUUGGCUUCUGGCAAUUAACGUCUACUUCAAUGCUUUCUGGACCAUCCCCGCCUACAAGCCCAUGCAUGACUUCCUCAAGUAUGACUUCUUUCAGACCACCUCAGUUAUUGGCGGGCUGCUGUUAGUGGUGGCACUUGGACCUGGUGGAGUGUCCAUGGAUGAGAAAAAGAAAGAGUGGUAAAUUUCAAGGUGGGGUGGACUUCACAGCACCACUAGGUAUCCCCCCCCCCCCCCCCACUGCCAAGGACAAAGGACCCCCUUUUCCCCCAUCAGGGUACACCUUUUUCUAUGUCCAUAGACCACCUCAACAAUAGAUUGCAUUUUUCUGUUUUACACCCAAAGUUGUUUAAGUUAACAUGCCAUAUUUUGACAGCUUUGUUCUAUAUAAUUUUAACAAAAAUGGGAGCCCAUUGAUUGAAUUGUGGCUAGUCAAAGAAAGGAUGCUAUACAUAUUAAAAUAAGAAAUUUAUGCUCUUUGUGCCACAGAGAUGUAUUUGUGUUGUUGUUUAUUUGUUGACGAGGAGCCUUUUUGGUGAUCAUGAAUGAACCAAAUGGAAACAUGCCUACUGCCCCCUCAUGCACCCUCAUCGAUCUUGUAGAGUGAAGAUAUGAUCAUAUCAACAUCCUGACUCUACAGACUUUAGCCUGUUCCUCCUCAUUUCUGUUGUUGGUGUGGGAGAGAUGUAUCAGGAGUUUAUUGUAAUUCAAUGGGUGGUGAAGUGAUGUCAUGCUUAAUAAUUAGAUGUUGCAUAAAUACAUGUUAGUUCCAGGACUUGUGAUGGACAUUUUCUACUUAAUGGUUAUCUUUGGCAAAUGUAAAAACUUGUGUGCAAUUUGGUUUAAAAAGGGGUGGGGCUCAACCUGUAACACAGCAUUUUGCCAUCAUCUGGAGUAGCAAAGAGGACUAGUCACCAGCCACUUUGUCUUUGCUCAGUGCUUUUUUGCUAUGUAUAAAAUAAAACAAGAUACGUGUAUUAA